AUGCCUCCUCCCAACCCUGCCAACGACGAAGCCCAUCAGCAGCUGCUGAUCCAGUUGGACAUUUCCCAAAUCCACAAGCCCUUCCGCAAUCCACACUGGAAACCGUCUCAGCGCCGCAACAAGAACCUGAAGCAGAUCAUCUCGGAGAACGCGCGCAAGGAAGCGUCGGUGUUGGCGACCCAAGCCAACUCGGGUGCCACCACCCCCUUCCCAGCGACAUCGGGUGGGGUCACCACUGAACAGUCACAGACUCCCACUGAGAGUGCUGGAGGAGCACCCAAUCUGGAAAAGGCCUCCCAGAAUCUGUCGACUUUGGUACUGGAGAAGAAUGCGCGGACGAUGUUCCCCAGUGGCCCGGCUGUUACCUACACGAACAUUGAGUCGGCGCCGUCGCUGAACCCAGCUCAGCAGCAGCACUACUGCGACAUCACUGGUCUACCCGGCCCGUACACGGACCCCAAGACGCGCCUGCGGUACCACGACAAGGAAAUCUUCAAGGUGAUUCGAUCGCUGGCCCAGGGCGUGCCCGAACACUACCUCGAAGCCCGCGGAGCACAAGUCAUUCUCAAGUAA